AUGCCAGGAGGAAUAUCAUCCCCUAGUGGACCUUCUUCACCAUUUUAUUCUGCACCACCAAUGUCGGCCACUAUGUCUAGCUCGACCUCCAAGGGGUCGUCUCUCUUUGCAGAAGAUUACUCGCUCUCCUCACCAGCUUCUGGAGGCAGCAGUUCACCCGUCAAUGAUGCAGGACCAACUCCACGAGCUUCAAUCAUUGGGCAAGACCUCGCCCAGUCAAUAAACAUUGCUUUCCCAGCCAAACUCAAUGUUGGGCUUCCAGCUUCCGUCUCUCCAGGAAAUCACACUCUUCUCCCUACUCCUCCCACUUCCCCAAGGCGUGUUGACAACUUCACGGCUCCUCCAGCUCAUAUUCUCAGAACCAAGCCCAGCUUUAACACCAUGGACCCAUUAGACGAAGUUCCUUCGCCCAAACCUACUCCAUCAUCAAGUGUUACCACAAAAGGUCAGAAAGGAUAUCACACAUAUGAGGCUUGUAUGGAGGGUGCUCUUGGACAUGACACGAAAUCUGCUUCGUACAAAGUCGGUACUGAGAAAUCCUAUCAUCACUUGAAUCGAGCCAGUGAGCUUUUCCAGCUGGCAAUCGACAUUCGUCCUCAAGAUAAAAAAGCCAUGUUGGGAAGAUCAAAGGUGCUCAUUAAUCUGGCAUCAAAUUAUCAACCUCCACGUGUGGCCACUGUCUCACUACGAGAUGCCGUCACCACUUUACGGGACUUGGUCAAAUUAGCUCCGUUAUCCCUCACGGCCAGAGAGACUUUAGGUCAAGCUUGUGGAUUACUCGCCAGCACCUUAUUCGAGUUAGACGAUAACAUCGAGGAUGAAAAGGCUGUGUGGGAUGGAGAGAUUGGUCAAUUAGCUAGAGAGGCGUUACAAGCUUUGGAAGAUGUAGCAGGAGAUAAAAUGGAUAGAAUGAGAGAGUUAGGUCCUAAUGAAGCUGCUCAACAAAGUCCAGUAAUGGCAGAGAUGUUUUUAUCAUUAUCCUCCGCUGCUGUAUUUGUGUCAUCUAUUUCCAUCGAACUCAACUUGGUUGAUCUCCAUAUAGAAUUGGCCGAACAAGCUCUCGAUCAAGCUUCAAACAUGGCUACCGUAGCUGCAGCAGCUCGAGUCAAAUCUUCCACCUCAUCUGCCAACCUCAUCACCCGUGUUCAACUUGCCUCAGGCGCUUCUUCCCUCGAACGACUCCGACAUACCUUCCACUUGGGUGUGGAUUUGGAUGAAGACGAUUUCAGAGCGUUGAUCCAGGAUAUGACGAUGCUUGCUACAGAAUGUCGAGAAAGAGCUGCAAAACUCAAGGGUAGCAAAGCAGCAGCUGCUGCGACUUUGGCUUGGGACGCAAUCAAACAGCUUGGUGACGCCAAAACCCUAUACGCCAACUUACUUCGACUGGUAUGGCGAAAACGUGGACCCAGAAGAAGAAGUACAUCCAAGCCAAUCGCUACCACACCUCGAAGAAUGAGCACCCGAAAUGGCAGUUUGGAUGCACCGACAAUUCAAGAGGAAGACGAGGAGGAAGAGGGGGGUACACCAAGAAAGGAUUCUGACCCUAAGAGUUUAGGAGGCCGAAGAGAAUCAGCGUCAUCUACAGGAUCAAGAGGCCAAGGAAGUAGAAAAGGGUCGAUCUUGGGUGCUGUUUCAGAGGAUGUAGAAGUCUCAAACUUCCAUCAAGCCAGAGGCAGGAAUUCAAGAAGUUCCAUUUCCAUUCCUCAGACAGGUAGAAGAGGUUCUUGGUUACCCACUCCAACUGAAUCUGGAGCACCUGGACGUGCACGAAGAAGGUCUUCUGUUGGAUUUGGCAUAUCACCCCCAACCGCGAGUCCCGAACCUCGAUCUAGGAGAAUAUCUUCCAUUGGUGGUGGUGGUCCUUUGGUUGGUCCAGAUGGCGUCUCAGCUUGGGCCAGAAAAGCCUCUGUCAUAUCCCUUGGAACAGAAGAUGAAGCUCAAGGCCUGGUACCUUCUUCCGAAUUAGCAAGAUCAGCUUGGCAAUUACUCGAAGGCGGUGUUAAACAGUACAAACUCGCUCUCUCAGUGUUGAAUGGAUCAGAUCUACCAAAUGCUCAACUAGCCAAAGCCAAGAACGAAACUCUCACUGCCAUCGCUUACUCCUCACUCUUCAUGGCAUCUUUAGCGCCUCGACUCACUAUUGCCGCUGAAAAGAAAACAUCACUCCUUGUUACCUCUGAAGUAUACUCAACAUGGGCAGCUCGAGAAGUAGGUUGGUCAUUCUUGAUCGAAGGUACACAAGCUGCUCAAUUGGCCGAUCGAAGGACGAACUCUUGGAGAGCAGAUGAAGCUGGUAAAAGAGCAGUAAUGUUCCUGGUCAGAGUAUGGUGGUUAAGAGCUGUCACUACUGAAUCCAUGGAUGUAAACACCAAAACCGCCGCUAAAGAUGCGGUCGAAACGGUUAUAAGACGAAUGAAAGACAAAGAAGGUGCCACUUCAGGUGAUGUCGCAAGAAUGAGAUACUGGUUGAGUAAACAGGAAGGUGAAAUGGAUAACGCCGAAGCGCUGUUCUGGAGAAGUACAGCUAGGAUAUUGAGAGGUGGUUCAGGUUUCGUAAUGUCAUAG